AAAAAAAGGUGGCACGAAGAUUCCAAGUCUAAGCGAGUUGGAUGGAGAAGCGCGUGUUGGCGUCGGAUGACUUACGCGACCGCUCGAGUUCGACCUCGUGGAUAUCCUCCCGUUCGUUUGUCCCCUCUUCCGCGAUUCCCUCGAACCGGACGAUUCCUCUCCGCUCCCUUUUCUUCACCUCCGUUCAAAAAAAAAGACGACGACGACGGGAGGGAUGAUAGAGCCAGCGGCGAUGGGCUCGGAGGUGGGGUUGGCGUUGCAGCUCUGCGCCAUGCGGACCGUCGGCGGCUUCGUGAAGGAUGCGGCGACGGAGAGCGCCGGCAGGGCGGCUAGGCUGGUGGAGUCCAUCAAGAUCUUGGAGGAGGAGAAGCGCAAGAUCGAAGCUUUCCAGCGCGAGCUCCCUCUCUGCAUGCAUCUCCUCGGCGAGGUGAUCGACGGAUUGAAGAAGGAGACGGAGCGAUGCGGCGGCGGGUGUUUCGGGCGUGUUCUCCAGGAGUUGUUACCCGUGGAGAGUAGAGUCGAGGAGGAUGGAGAGGUAAAAGUAGACGACAAGAUGAACUGGAUGAGCUCCGCCCAGCUCUGGAGCGAUAACUACGGCGAGAACGACAUCAGUCACGAGAAUCACGAGGAGGGACGCAGGCAGGGGAAGGAGAACUUGUUCUUGGAAUGCAAGAGCCCCGGCGGCGACGGCGCUUUCUUACCGUUUGAAGCGCUGUCGACGGUUUCUGCGAGCUCCGAGGAGAAGAAGCCUGCCGCCGCGUUGCCCGACCGCCGUGGCUGCGGUCGCGGCCCCAAAAGCGUCGGCAGAGCACCGGAGUCGUCUCCAGCUCCAGCGACGGUGUGCGGCCGCCUCGGCUUCCAGUCCCAGCAUCAGCCGUCGAGGAAGGCGAGGAGGUGUUGGUCGCAGGAGCUGCAUCGGCGGUUCACGGUCGCCAUCCAACAGCUCGGCGGUGCCCAAGUGGCUACUCCCAAGCAGAUACGGGAAGUGAUGAAGGUGGAGGGGCUCACAAACGAUGAGGUGAAAAGCCAUCUGCAGAAAUAUCGAUUGCACGCUGGAAAGCUGCCUAAUGCUUCUUCAGCCAUGGCGAGUCCACCGGGUGCGGUGGGAGGUUCAUCAUGCGUCCGGCUUCAGCAGCAAUGCAUCAGUCCUCCUCCACAGCAGAGCGUUUCGCCUUCUGGUUCUCUCUCCACAGAGCCCUCUUCAGCUGGUUAGCUCUAUCCGAGCCCCGUCGAUCGCUGCCGGAGAUAGAUAGCUUCGAGGAAGAUGGCAAACGAAGUAAUUUAUUUGAAGUGAGGCCUCCUUUAGGCGAAGAUACCGACCGGCAUAACAUAGAGAGGUGGAAUUUUGCAGGUGAGGUCGUUUGACUCCUCGGUUCUCUUUUGCUUAAUUUUGGGUUCGGACAAUGAAGGCAUCGAGUAGAGUGUUUAGUUUCUUUUCUGAUGAAGAUUUCGAUCGUCAUCAUCAAAAGAAAGAUCACCAGAACUAUAUGAAUGAAUACUGCUGGAAUGGAAUCAUCUCGUCAUUUAUUAUUAUUAUUAUUAUUAUUAUUAUGAAUGAAGUGAAGAGAAGGAAAAAAAACAAGGUCUAUACGACUGGUGCAUUGCUUACUGUGGCAUGUAAAUGAGACGACGACAUAAGAAGACGAGGAUUGUCGCCGGACCAGAUGUGAAGUGCUCAGUGCUCCGAGAACUCGCUUGUCAUGCGGCUGGAACACCGAAGCAAGCGCAUUGAUUUGGCCGACAAUAUCUUCUU